AUGGAUUCGGAUGGAGUUGUCUGCUGCGAGAGAAGGCAAUCACCGUACGCAAUUAUUGUUGCUAGUCGAAAUAUGACAAUUCCACCGAUUUCAAAUGAUUAUGAGAUUGAGUUUUCUCUUACAAAUUCAUAUCAGUUCGAAUUAUUAAUGAAAGAAAAUUACGGAAUUCAACAUCAAAUCUUGUCAAUAAUUGAUAAUGAGCUGAAUCUUACCUCUUUAGAAUUUACGGCGCUUGAUGAAUUUGCAAGCACGUAUAAAUUUGUAGACAAUGCUUUUCUCGAAAAUCAUUAUCAUCUUGUUCGGAUGUGGAUAUUUAUGCGACUCUGCUCCAACGGAUUUGACUCGAAUCGACUUGCCGCUCUCAAUUGCUGGAGAAACAGUCUUUCAGCUUGA